GGGGAACGAUAAAAAAUGCAGUGGAACCGGCUUCGAGGUCCACAGUUGAGUUUGAGGGAUAUAGAGCAUCUCUGAUAUUAUCACGCUUGACUUUGGUUACAUUAUAGCGGAACUUUGUCGUGCUAUCUGGAGCCCGCAAAUGUAUUAUUGAGUUUAUUAUGCAUUUACAAUCUUCUUGAAAGGUGUGUUGUUUUUUGUCGGUAUAAAAUCACGAUUUUCAUUGGUUAGUCUCAUUUUCAGUGUAACAUACGCAUAAUCGGAAUACUUGAAAGGAUAUAAACUACGAAUUAAACGUAGGCUAAGCAACCCAUAGGCUAUUGUACAGAACACGCUCAGUUGGCGUAACGUGUGUUUCUCCCUGGAGACAUUUCUACUCCAAGCUGCCUUAUUGCAAUAUGUCAGACAGAGGGCGUUAAUGGGAGUACACGCAAAGUAGGUAAAGGGGACUAUUAUCUCAUACCAUACUGUAAAUGUCCCUAUCAGCUGACACGUACCACCCCUAGGUUGAUUACAGUGUUGUCCUGUCAUCCCUUACAAUCAAACGUGGAUUGUGCUUUAUCCUUGGUGAUUGAUUUGAGUUCACCGGAUGCACUCGCCACUCACAGAACUGGUGUGUGUGCAUGCAGCAGUAUGGAUCUGACGAGGCUUCCAAUGGAGAACGACCGCCGCUCUCUUUCAACAUGUCCAGCCCUUUACCCGUGGCUCCUUCGCGGUUAAGGGGGUUCGCUCAGGAGAGGCGAGCACUCCCUCAGUCGAGAGUAAUGGUGGUUUUUUCAACCGCUAGUGAGGCUGAUAAACCAGGCGAUGCAAUGUCUAGUGCAGGCUCUGUGAAGGGUGAUUUCCGAAAGCCAUCCACUCCCGCACCGAACCUAAAUCUGGGCAAGUCUCUCAGCACCACGUUAAACGCAUCGCCAUCUCCAGAGUUUCCUGAGGUAAUUUCUCUCAAUGUGGGUGGCACCUUCUUCACCACCCGUCUGUCCACAUUACGGCGCUAUGAAGACACCAUGCUCGCCGCCAUGUUCAGUGGACGCCAUCACAUCCCACGUGAUGCUGAAGGUCGCUUCUUCAUUGACCGGGAUGGGGCAUAUUUCAGGGACAUCCUGAACUUCCUGCGCGAGGGCGAGCUACCUCAGAGGGAUCAUGUGAGGGCGGUACACAGGGAGGCCCUGUACUAUGCUAUUGGUCCACUGUUAGACAGCUUGGAGGACACUCAGCCACUCACAGGAGAGAAAGUCCGCCAGGCCUUCCUCGACCUCCUGCCCUACUACAAGGAUAAUCUGGAGCGCAUCGUGGAGAUCGCCAAGCUGCGGGCCAUGCAGAGGAAGGCGCGCUUCGCCAAGCUGAAGAUCUGCGUGUACAAGGAGGAGAUGCCCAUCACGCCGUACGAGCGGCCACUCUUCAACUCACUGCGCUUCGAGCGCACGGAGAGCGAGGCCAAACUGUUCGAACACCACUGUGAGGUGGACGUGUCGUUCGGGCCCUGGGAGGCGGUGGCGGAUGUUUACGACUUGCUCCACUGCAUUGUCAGCGACCUGGCGGAGCGCGGCAUCACUGCCGACCAGCAAUGCAUCGGCGUCUGCGACAAACACCUCAUCAACCACUACUACUGCAAGAGGCCAAUCUACGAGUUCAAGAUCACAUGGUGGUAAAGCAGUGGGAAGACAGAACUCUCUCCCUUCCUGUCUGUCGCUGUGUUUUUUGUUGGGAGGUGGACUUGUGUCGUAAUAGGCUGACUGAUCUCCUUCCUGGUCCCUCAGGUUGAGAGAGAAAAAGGGUUGUCAAUGUUAUUCCCCCUUUUCAAGAACUGAAACCUAUGAAGUGCUGAGUUUAUAGAAAGGAGCGAGUCAGACAGUUGUUGUUCUGUUUCCUUAUUGAAUAGUUGUGACCUCUGUUUCUUUUUUUAUAAACGGCAUUAACCUAGGCUAUCAUUGGCUGUUUUAUUGUGUUAAACUCUGGGAUUUUUUGUGCUCAUCCAAGCUUGUGGACCAUCAAGUUUUUCAGAAAAGGGUCAAGUUAAUCUCAUAUUGUGAUUACAGUGUUGUCUGUCCCUUUGGCUUAAUUCUUACUUAUGCUAUUAUGUUUUCUACGCUUUGCGUUUCUGUGUUAGCCACUUUGAUGGUCGCGAGAGAAAGCCUUCACAAAUUAACUGGAUGCAAUUUAGCAAGCUGAUGAAAUUUCUCAUGUACUGUAUAUACAGUCGUAUGAAAAACUUUGGGCACCCCUGACAAUUUCCAUGAUUUCCAUUUAUA